UUAUCUGCAUCUCUAUGGCAACGAAAGGCAUCUGUUUGCCGUGAUUGGCUUUAAGCUCGUUAGCUUUUCACUGCAGAUCGUACCACCUACAGUAUACUUCUUUGCUGUUACUCUUGUCCGUUAUUUGCAAACGCUGAGGCGGUUGGCUAAUAAACUAUAAGCUGCUGAGAGUCUGUAAAGGACUAAACUAAUAAAAACAGCUAGCCUAUAUGCUAACACUAGCUAACGAAAAGUGCUAGCGUUAGCUAGUACAAAACCGAUAGCGAUUUGCAACUGUUAAAUGAUACUAAAUAUUCAUGGCAGACGAUUGGAACACAGAUACUGGAGAAGCUGUGUAUCGGUCUCGGGAUGCAGUGAAAAACCUGAGAGUAAGGGUGCGUAUAGAAAGAGUGACCUCCACAACAGCUCUCUCUCAGCACCUCCAGCAGCAAGUUCUGUCCCAGCAAGACAGAGGAGCCAUUGAAUUGGAAACCCUCACCUCACAAGGCAACACAGGUCAUAAUGAGGAGGAGCUCGUGGUGGGCUGGCAGGAGAAACUCUUUAGUCAGUAUGAGAUGGACCUAUUCCAGAAUGAGGCAGUAUGUCAAACCCCUCUGGACCGUCAGUACCACACAGAAGUCAAGGCCCUGAACAGGGGCAAGGGCCGACGAAAUCUCAGGAUUUUCACAUACACGGAUCAUGACCGCUACACCAACUGUCUUGCAUACCAACAACUGCACUCCACUGAUAUAUUGACUACAGCUAAAUCCAACCCCACCUUUCUGGCUGAAAGGAUGGCCAGCAUGAGACACAGACGGCAGGAUAGACACACCAUGGAUAGUAGUGUAUCUAAGUCAAAAAUCAUCAACUGGGAGCCCACAGAGGAGUUUGUGAAGAGCAGUCAUGUAGUGAAUAAUGCUAUGCAGACCAUGCAUAUCAUGGGAGACCUGGGCCCCCCUGGAAGGCUGGGGCAGAAGGAGAAUGAGUGCUUGCUGGUAACAAUAAAAACAGACAGCAAUGGAACAGUCAUUGUGAAACCUGACUUCAAUAAAGGCAGAGAGCCCUACAGGAUUGUAACAGAGGGGGAAAAGAAAGAGGUUUGGCGUCUUACUGUGGAGAAUGUAUCCAAAGCCAUGAAACCAGAUGAUAAGGACAGGGAGCAGAAGAUAUACAAAGAUCUGCAUGCAAGGCACAAGGAUUACCUCAAUAGCCUCCUUGGACAGGACUUUGAAAUGCCUCCUGCAGGUAUUCUGCGCUACCUGAUGAACGGAGAGAUAGUCUCAGCUGAAGGCUUUGAAUAUGAUAACUUAUACAUCCACUUCUUCAUGGAACUGCCCAACAACUGGUCCAGUUUGCCUUUCCAGUCACUCUCUGGAGUUACCCAGACCUGCCGGACCAAAACAUUAGGAAGGGAAAACGUAGCUUUCUUCAGUUACCCCUUCAGCUUUGAAGCUUUCUACAUGAGUGAAAAAGAGAGUGAGGAAUCACUUCUCCAGUGGCCAGUGCUCUACUUCAAGGUUCUUUCUCUGGACUUCUGGCAGCGCUAUCGAACUGAAGGCUAUGGCUAUCUGCUUUUUCCUACCAUACCUGGUAAACAUAUAGUAACAUGCCAUACGUGGAGACCCCUUCAGACAGGGACAGUCUCUGCACUGAGACGCUUCUUUAUUGGAGGUUCUCCGGAGCUUGAAGACUUCAGCUAUGUCAGAAUACCAGGAACCUUUAAGGGAGAGAGGCUGAGUCGCUUUGGCUUUUACACUGAAACCACAGGAAGCGUCACUUUUAACCUGCACUGUAUUCAGCAAUCAAGGGCCUUUGUUGAUGCCACCAUGUUGAAGAAAAGGAGGCAGAGGGUUUUUGAACAGCUGGGAGGAUUUAGUCAGGAAGGAGCUGUCUGCAGCAUCCUGGAGGCCUUCCAGAGGGCCAGAAGAAAGAUGCAAGAGGCUCGAGAAAGUCUUCCAAGAGACCUCAUCAACGCCACCUCCCAGCUCCAAAUGGAAUCCUCUGCAUAGGUCUGAAGAACAUAAUAAGACUGUCAUUCUCUCAAAUACUGUAUAUUUAAGUGCCCAAAUGGUUUCAACAUACCGCUUGGAGGUUUAGAAUCAAGGUGACAUAACCAGCAAGUAUGAGUUGCCAUUUAAAAUAUUACUGUUUUUUUUUUUUUUGCAGAUAAGACUAUGAUGUACAGUAACAAGUCACAGAAAAGAAAACAAUGUCUGGGUGCUAAUUAUUCUUUGUAAAGACAGCUAACAUAUUUGGAGGGGUAAUAAUUGGGAUAAAAUAUGGAUGGUAAAGCAGCAAAGCCAGUGUGCCUAUGACGAAUGGCAUCACCAUGCACCAUAUUCAGUGGACAAUUACUUUAUUAAAUUGUCUCAUUUGAGUUAUAGACAGUGAUUCUUGAAAAAGCUGAUAUAACAGAAAAUGUGUUUUCUAUAGUUUAUUUUAAACAGUAUCAUUUCUUGUAACCUUUUAUAAGUUAUACAUAACACUGGUUUAUGUAUUUUUCUUUGUGUCUAUAGCAGGUGCAAUUCAACUUUCAUGCAAACUUUGACUUUAUAUGUUUUGUAUACAUACUGAAAGUUAAGUUCCAUAUAAAAUUUGUGCACACAAAAAACAGUGUGUGGUGUGGAUGGCAGUGAUUAAGGCUGUGGGUCAAAAGGGUCUACCCUAUUAUCAAUAACUGUGACAGUAAGAAGUAUUUGAGUCUAUGAGGAACAUCAUUCGAUUUCUGGAGUGCAGGUUAGUAUAUGCUGUAUGCAGCCAAAUGCUACCAGAGCAGUCAACAGGUUUUCCAUGUAAUCUACUGUUCAAUACUAAACCCCUAGCUCAAACAAAAAAGAUGGCCUAACAAAAGUCAUGCUUCCACAGCACAUACAGUACAAAGGAUGUACUAGCUGAAAAGUUCCACGUGUUGCAUUUUGUGCCGUCACUUAUCAUUAAAUGCAGAAAACAUUUUUUGGCUAGAAUGUAAUAUACAGUAUAUUUGUAACAUAAAAUGUGCCAUGA